AUGGUGCUGCCGCCGCCGGACAAGCGCCACGUCUGCCUGACCACCAUCGUCAUCAUGACCAGCAUGGCCUUCAUGGAUGCCUACCUGGUGGAGCAGAACCAGGGGCCCCGCAAGAUUGGUGUCUGCAUCAUCGUGCUGGUGGGGGACAUCUGCUUCCUCAUCGUGCUGCGCUACGUGGCGGUGUGGGUGGGGGCGGAGGUGAAGACGGCCAAGCGGGGCUAUGCCAUGAUCCUGUGGUUCCUCUACAUCUUCGUCCUGGAGAUAAAGCUGUAUUUCAUCUUUCAGAAUUACAAAGCUGACAAGAAGAACCUGGAGACGGUGGCCAGGAAAGCCCUGACCCUGCUCCUCUCCAUCUGCGUGCCAGGGCUUUACCUGGUGCUGGUGGCCUUGGACAGCAUGGAGUACAUACGGACCUUUCGGAAGAAGGAGGACUUACGGGGGCGCCUCUUCUGGGUGGCCCUUGACCUGCUGGAUAUCUUGGACAUCCAGGCCAACCUGUGGGAGCCACACAGGACCGGCCUGCCCAUCUGGGCCGAGGGGCUCAUGUUCUUCUACUGCUACAUACUUCUCCUGAUCCUGCCUUGCGUGUCCCUCAGUGAGAUCAGCAUGCAAGGGGAGCACAUUGCUCCACAAAAAAUGAUGCUCUACCCCGUCCUCAGCCUAGUCACCAUUAACAUCGUCACUAUCUUCAUCCGGGCCAUCAACAUGAUCUUGUUCCAGGACAGCAGGGUCUCCACCAUCUUCAUUGGCAAGAACAUCAUAGCAAUUGCCACCAAGGCGUGCACCUUUCUCGAGUACAAGCGGCAGGUGAAGGAGUUCCCCCAGAACGCCAUUGCCCUGGAGCUCCAGCAGAACUCCCUCUCCCACAAUCAGACCAUCCACAGCACACGGGGCAUCCCCCAUGAGCCAUCGCCCACCAGUGAGAUCCUGGACACAUGAGGGGUCACCCCCAGCCCAGCGUUGGUUCAGAUAGCCCCGUGCCACAGGGAGGAGGGAGGCUGCUCCCUCGCUGCACAGGGCCAGCAUGAUGGACAAAUCCCGGCAGCGAGGGCUCUUCUAGGCACAAAACACCGACCACCACGGUUUAAUUGAGCUAUGGAGUGUCCCCUAGAUGUCUUCAUCUCAGGUAUAACCCUAGGUGUCCUCCAGACAAACCAAAUUAACUUGCAAAGGACCUGAACCAGCUAACCCUCUCUCUCCCUCCCUCCCUCCACCUUCUCCCCUCCCAGGCAAAGACCACUAAUGUUGCAAUGUCCCUUUUUACUCCUCGAGCACCUCACCUUUACUCUAAGCCUGGAACGAAGAUUUUGUUACUGGAGACCUUUUUAUGGAGUGGGGACAGGGGCAUAGGUGUACAGGUUGGGAGGGGGGUACAUUUGAACCAGUAAACCCUGUGAUUGUAGAUGUCUCUUAUCUCCAAUGGUUGUGUUUACAGUUUCCUAUUUAUAACGGCUCUGGGGGCUCCAGGGCUGCCCCAGGGGCCAGUGUCCUUGAGAUGGGUCAGGGUGGGCAAGAGCAGCAGCCCUGCAGUGAGGAGCAGGGCCAGGGGGCCAACUCUGCUGGGAGCAAUAUUUGCCGAGCUAAAGCCGAUCUAA